AUGUUUGGUCAAAGCUUCAAGGAGCCGCAGACCAAGGACUUUGGCCACAUGUGGCCCAAGAGCCACAGGAACACAAGGAGAGCUGCAGAGGUGUGGAUGGACGAGUAUAAGAACUUCUACUACGCUGCUGUCCCCUCAGCGAGAAAUGUCCCUUAUGGAAAUAUUCAGAGUCGUUUGGAGAUGAAAAAGAAAUUAGGCUGUAAACCGUUCAAAUGGUACCUGGAGAACGUCUACCCUGAACUGAGGGUCCCAGACCACCAGGACAUCGCUUUUGGAGCCUUGCAGCAGGGCGGAAACUGCUUGGACACCCUGGGACAUUUUGCCGACGGGGUGGUGGGCGUCUACGAAUGUCACAACGCGGGAGGAAAUCAGGUACUGUUACCAUGA